AUGCGACCUGCUGCACAGCGGGAGGGAGUCUCUCCUUUUCCUCCCUUGCUCCGUUUCGAGGUGCUCGCUCGGGCCAGCCGAGACCCGAGAGCACCGCACAGCAUUUGCAGUGAGAACUUCAGAAUUCACACCUCGGGUUUUCACUUGACUGGCUUUCCGGGAUGAUGGCUUUAUCACGGAAGAGCCUUAUCCAUGCGGAAGGCCCAUGCAGAGGAGUGCUCGGGGAGCUCCCCGCCGCAGGUUCCCGGCCCGCGUCCUGCUACGAGGAAGUGGCGCGCCGCCGCUGCGCGCUGCCCCGGCUGGGAGCCGCGUUUAUAUAGCCGCGCUGCGAGUAGGAAGUCGGGCAGCCAGUAGGAUUGCGGGAGAGGGAGCAGAGCCACUGGUUGCGCUUCCAGCCGGGAUCGGCGCGCCGGCACAGCCGCUGUGACAAAAAGCCCUUUGUGCGAGGGACUGAGCGCCGGAGAGCUUGCCGCGUCCUUCCCUAUUUCCUACCGGAGCCCGGGCAGCCGAUGGGCGGUGGCGCGAGAAGCAGGAAGCAGCGGGAGCGCGGCCCGGCCGCUGCCUGCCCUCCCCGGGCCCGGCCCGCCGACGCGCAGCGCUGCGUGCGGUGAGCGCCGGUCCCCAGCGCCCGCACGGAGCUGGAGCCGCGCCCCGCGCCCAGCAUGGAAGGAGGAAACGCGGGGUGCAGCCGGCAGCUUCCCGAGCGGACGGGUCCCGCGGAGAGUGAACCGGACGUCUUCACCACUUUUGCGGUCAGAGCGUUUUUUGGACUUACAGCCAAGUUGGAAUCGGUAACUCCCAAAGAAGAAGAAGCAGUGCUUAAAGCGUUUCAACCUUUGCACACCAAUGUCAACACUCUGGCUAACAAUCGGUAUGAGAGGAAUGAUAAUGAUGGUGUUGACGACUCAGAAAACCAGCACGGCGCAGGCUGUACCAGUGACCAGGGUGACCCGAUGUCUGGUAGCCGUGCUGAACUGGAGCCGGAGCCGGCAGGACAGAAUGAAAUACUUCUUCCCCGUUUAAGGUCUGUACAGACUUCUUUGUCUGAAUCUGACAACGAUGCUAUUCUCGUACAAGGUACUUUGGUUCACACAACAAGUGACACGGAAUCAGAUGGUGAGAGUAAGGACCCAGAUGCUGAUGAAACCAACACAAGCAAAUGUGGGCUAAACAAUGCUGCUUUGUCUGCUGUGGCUUUGGACGGUAACAAUCAAAGUAAGGAAGAGUCAGAUUCAGAAGGGUACAGACACAGCGAUGACACUGUGGGUAGAGAAGACACUGAGUUAUACCCACCAAUUUCUCAGUGGUUUCCCAGAGAGCUGGACAGCGUUCUGGAGUGUGAUUCCAGUGGCAAAGACAGAACGUUAAUGGAUGAGCAGUUCAGUUCCUUGCUUGCUACAGGGGAAUGCCCUCCAGAAAUUCCAGGUGAGGAUCAAAGGCCUUCAGUUGAUAAUGCAUCUCUCCAUAAAACAGCACUGGCUGAAAAAAGUUUCCAGCUGCCUGCUUUUUUUAGUGGCCUACGUGUGAGGAAAAAGGGACUAAACACAGAGGAUGGGGAAACUAUUACAGAAAUUAAGCCAAGGGAGAAUGAUUUAGCUCUGCUUAAAUUACGACAGCCUGUUAAGAAAUCCAACAUUACAUCAGGUUUGACCACAAAAAAGAAAUCAUCUGAACCUAAAGCAAGUCCUACUUUCCUGGAGCAGCUCUCUCACCUGUUAAACAUAGACGUCUCCAAGAAUGAUGAGAGAACCCAAGAUUCUGGUGCAGGGUUUGGGGAGACUGAGGACAGUGAUGAAGGCCCAGAGAACAAAGCCUCUGGCAAAACAGAGCCACUGUUUCUCUCUGAGGAAAUAAAAUCAAGCCCUGCUGAAUCUGCACUGGACGUCUUUAAAGCUUUAUUCACACGACCUCCCAAAAAAGAGACAACGGCAGAUCCUUCAGAGCUGGAAGCCAUCAAACGCAAAAUGAGAAAUGAGAAAGAGUCCUUGAAAGCUGUAUUUGAAAGGUCAAAAUCUAAACCUGGCGACGGACCAUCAGACAAAUCUCCUGAUCUGAGUCCCUCAGAGCAAGAUGACAAGACUCCAGGGAGACUCCAGACUGUCUGGCCACCACCGAAGGCAAAUCAUGAAGAAGUAAAAGUAGGAUUAAAGUACACAGAAGCAGCUCACCUAAAGCUUUACAAGGAGGGACCAUCAGAAUACCAAGCUGCCAUUUUGCAUUUAAAGAGGGAACACAAAGAAGAAAUUGAAACAUUAAAGUCUCAGUUUGAACUCAGGGUAUUCCAUAUUCGUGGAGAACAUGCUGUAGCAACUGCUCAGCUUGAGGAAACCAUUGCACAUCUGAAGAAUGAACUCGAUAAUAAAUUGAACAGAAGGAAUGAAGAAGCAAGGGAUAUUGGUGUUUCUACUGAAGAUGAUAAUCCACCAAAGACAUACCGAAAUGUAUGUAUACAGACUGACAGAGAAACUUUUAUAAAGCCUAGUGAAGAAGAAAACAGAGCUGUGAAAAACAACCAAAUAGUACCGAAAAAGCUUAAUAUUUCAUCUUUGACACAUAGUAUUUCUACCCAAGGUGAAAAUAAGGACAGUUAUGAUGUACCAUCUUCAGAAAGUGUCUUGUCUUGUCAACCAAAACAAAUGCUGCCUCCUCCACCACCUCCACCACCUCCACCACCACCUCCACCCUUCUCUGAUUCUUCACUACAAGGUUUAGUUCCUCCACCACCACCUUUGCCAAUGGGUCCAACUUCAGUGACACCUCACUUUGCAUCUGGGCCUUCACUGCCACCUCAACUUUCUGAAGGCUGUAGGGAUUUUCAAGCACCAGCACCACCACCACUUCCAGGGUUGGGACCUCCUGUUCCUCCUCCACUGCCUGGAUCCGGGUUACCUCCACCUCCCCCACCCCCAGGACCUGGGCUCUUUUUUAAUAGCACUUUAUCUUCAAGUCAAGGUCCUCGAAAACCUGCCAUUGAACCUAGCCGUCCCAUGAAGCCUUUGUAUUGGACACGGAUACAAUUGCAAGGCAGCAGGAAAACUGCCAUACCAACAUUAUGGGAAUCACUAGAAGAACCUGAUAUACUUGAUACUACUGAGUUUGAAUAUUUGUUUUCCAAAGACACCACUCAGGAAAAAAGAAAACCAUUAUCAGAGACUUACGAAAAAAAAACCAAGGCCAAAAAGAUUAUCAAAUUGUUGGAUGGAAAGCGAUCACAAACUGUGGGAAUUUUAAUAUCCAGUUUGCACCUGGAGAUGAAGGAUAUUCAACAAGCUAUUCUGUGUGUUGAUGACUCCGUAGUAGAUUUGGAAACACUGGAAGCACUAUAUGAAAAUAGAGCACAAAAGGAUGAACUGGAAAAAAUCGAGCAAUAUUAUCAGACUUCAAAAGAGGAGGAACUGAAGCUUCUGGAUAAACCAGAACAAUUUUUAUACGAAUUAUCUCAGAUCCCCAAUUUCACAGAACGAGCUCAGUGUAUUAUUUUCCAGUCAGUUUUCUCUGAAGGGAUAACAUCAGUUCACAGGAAAGUUGAUAUCAUAACUCGUGUUUCCAAGGCUUUGCUGAACAUGACGAGUGUAAAGGAGAUUUUAGGUUUGAUUCUGGCGUUUGGAAAUUACAUGAAUGGUGGGAAUAGGACUCGAGGUCAAGCUGAUGGAUUUGGUUUGGAAAUACUCCCCAAACUAAAGGAUGUCAAAAGCAGAGAUAAUCGUAUUAAUCUUGUGGAUUAUGUUGUCAUAUAUUACCUACGCCAUUGUGAUAAGGAAGCAGGAACAGACAAGAGUAUUUUUCCUUUACCAGAACCACAGGAUUUUUUCCAGGCCUCCCAAGUUAAGUUUGAAGACCUAAUAAAAGACUUAAGGAAGCUGAAGAAAGACCUAGAAGCCUCCGAAAAGCAAAUGAAGUUAGUUUGCAGAGAAUCUUCAGAAGAGCAUCUCCAGCCCUUCAAGGAAAAAUUAGAAGAAUUCUUCCAGAAAGCUAAAGAAGAACGUAAAAAAGAAGAGAGCAGUUUGGAAAAUGCACAAAAAUGCUUUGAAGAAACAGUGGGAUACUUUGGGAUAAAGCCAAAGCCUGGUGAGAAGGAGAUCACACCAAACUAUGUUUUCACGGUGUGGUACGAAUUCUGCAGUGACUUCAAGACCAUUUGGAAACGAGAGAGCAAAAGCAUUUCCAAGGAGCGAAUUAAAGUGGCUCAGCAAUCAGUAAGCAAGUUAACUGCAGAGAAGAAAGUUGAAACAAAGAAAAUCAAUCCUACGGCUAGCCUGAAAGAGAGACUACGUCAAAAAGAAGCCAAUGUGAAUGCCAACUGAAAGGAGAAAGAUGAAAAUAAUAGUGUGUCGUAAUACCUUUCAAGACGCUUUAUUAUGCCUAUGGCUCAGAGAGCACCUUAUGUUUGUUAUUGAAUUCUGCUUUGCUGAUCUAUUCCAAGACAAUCUACUAAAUGUUUUUCAGUUCCUUCAAAGGAGUUUGUACAUAAAGUAGAAGGAAUUCUAAGAAAAUUUUUUACAUGGGAAUUCAGAAUGAUUUUCUGUAGUUCUUCCUUACGUUGUAAGGAAUCUAGUUGUUUAUGGUUAUUUAAAGGACUCUAUGUGUAAUGCAGUAAAAUGAAAGAGUUUAAAUGAAAAAUUUGGAUACAAGAUUAGAUAAUGACUAAGAACUUGUAGGUUAUUUACAGGGCUUUGUGUAGAUUAGAGCAAAUAUGCUGUUUGGCUCACAAAGCACUGUUAUACCAUAUUUUUUUGUUACUUCAGCAGUAACUGAAGUAAAAUAGACUAACUGUAAGUAAUAUUACAGUGUCUGAGUACUGGAUGCAUCUUUCUAUAACUGAUUAAAUGUAAUUAUAGAUUUACUCUGUAUUUUACUAUAAAUAUUUUUAUAGAGACCUCAACUUAUGCCACACAUUGAAAUGAAAGCAAUAUUUUGCACGUGGAAAGGAAUAGCUUCAAAUUCUUUAUCUGUACGAUCAAUGGUGUAACUGAUUCACUAUUUUUUUGUUUGUUUUAACCUGUCCUAUAUUCUGAACUCCAAAAAAAAAAAAAAAAAAAAGAAAAGAAAAAAAGAGAUUAAAAAGUAUAUUUUUAUUUCACUGUUUGUUGAAACUACCAGUUCCAUAAAAUAAUGUUUUUACUCAUCGUUAUUAAUUGAACUAAAAUAUGUUUCCAUGAAGUUAUAUAUUUGUCAUUAAAUCUUAAUCUUUCAAUUCUAUUGAAAGCUUUCUUUUAAACAAUGAAUAAGUCACUCUAAAAUGCCCGGUCUUGUCCUGCUAUAAUUUUAUGAAGAAUGUAUCCAGCAUAGAAAUAUCUAUCUAUGUAGAUAAAUAAAUUUAAUAAGUAAAACUUGAGGAAGAAAUAUGAGCUGUCAUCCUGCGGCAUUGUAAUCAUUGCUUGUAAAGUAGCAGAGCCUGAAAAAAAUCUACCAAGUAUCCACUUUACUUGAAGAUUCUUGGAAGGAAAAGUCCUGAAUCAUGAGUUAAUUUAAUGUAAAAACAGGACAACAAACUGGAGAAAAUGUUCUUCUGCUUGCUGACCAUAAAGAGAAACUGCCUUCUUUAUGAUAAUGAUAACUGAAAUGGUUUAGGAAGAGAUAUUAGAUUUUAAAAAAAUUUGAAAAGAAAAAAAGAUGGGAAGGCAUUAGCCCUUUGACUUAAUAGAUGGAAAGUAUGCCCAUUAAACAAAUUAUUCAUCACUAGAAAUGAACACUUGUUAAAGAAGACAACAGUUGUGGAAUUUACCUCCCGUUCAUGACUGUAGCUGGAAAACUUCAUAUACUGCAGGUUUCUUAAAUGAUUCUAUCAGUCCUCAAUAGACAAAAAUAAGGGAAGCAAGGUUGUUCUGAAUGUUUUGGAGUUUCUAGCUGCUACAAAUAUACCUGAGAUAUGCUAGUGUCAUUUUUAUUGAAACAGUCAAUAGCACACCAACAAAAAUAAACUAAGUUUUAGCUCCGCUAUUCCCACUGAAGAAAAAUAUAUUCCAAAGAUUUAAAUUUUGUCUUCCACCAAGUAGGUGAAGUACAUUUAUUUCCAUAUUAUCAGUGCUAACAGGAGCAAUAACGCUUAUAAAAACCAAAGAACUGCAAGUAAGGCAAUUCUGAUGAUCUUUUAAGCAAAUAACUAUUGAGUAUUGUUUUUUAUCUGUCCCGAAGAGAAUGUAUAUUGACAUUUGGUUGAUUGGGAUUUUUUCAUUGACACAUUUUAUCCAAUACCAAUCAAUAAGAGUAGUACUGUUUGUGAAAUAAGGACUGAUGUUGCGAAUUCUUAUUAAAAAUAUACUGUGGAAAGCAUUUUUAAGUUCUUGACAUAUCCUGUUUCAAAAUCUCUCUCUGUGAAAUUUCAUUUUUCAGUUCAAAGUGAUUUUUUCAGUUUGCAGUAUUGAAAAAUGUAUAUAAAAAGGGAUUAAAAUUAAAAUUUUUGAUGUAAAGUGUUCCUUGAUUAGAUGUAUAAUUCUUCUUUUUGUUUUCAGAUUAUAAAUUUGCCAACAUAUUGAGAACAUAGGCUAUUGUUCAGAAAUCUCCAAAAUUUACACUGCACAGAUAUACUGUUUCUUCCUUAUUCACAUUUAUACCAACUUCACUCUUAAAAUAGAGAUUUAGAUUACAACUUCAUUAUCUAUUAACUGUACUAUUGAUUUUACUGUUUUUAAGUGAUGUAGAAAAAAAUACAUCUAGACUAUUUAAUUAAUUCUGUUACUGAAAAUUUGGACAUUUUUGGAUGGAAUUCAUCAGCUAAAUAUCUGACUCACCCCCUAAAUACCACACUGACACUAGUGCUGCCAAGAGGUGUCAUCAGACAGUGACAAACAGUACAUGUGCUGACCUCAACUAAACUAUUGGUUUAAUGAAGAGAUAUUAACAGAUAUUAUGUAUCUAUGUAAGCUGUUAAAUUAUAACAUAUUUAGGGACUACAGACGUAACAAACAACCAAGACGACUCAUCUUGAGGUCAGCAAGUGUCACCAGAAGUAAUGUUUGAAACUUAAAUUUAGAUUGGUGCCUCAUUUUACCCUCAGUUUUCUAGUUUAGAGGGGAAGAAAAAGAGGAGAGAAAGCAAAAGGAUGAAAGUAAAGAGAUGGAAGGGAACAGACGACUUGUACAAGGUACGUGAUUACACUGCUGUCAAGGAAGUAAAAGUAUGGAGUAAAUAAAGCCAAGCAACCAUAGCUACACAGUUACUAUUUUUCAAAGCUACUUCAUUUAAAAUACUUGUAUGCUAUGAAGAAUAUAUGUUUUUUACUCUCCUAUUAUUGCCAAGUUUCUCAAAAUCUGUUAAGAAAAGCAGUAUUAAAACCCUUUCUACUCACUGGGUGCUUACUGCACGUAAAAAUGGUAUGUGUUGCUAAUUUAUAAACUGGACGAUUAGGAAAAACUUAAUUUAGAUUAGUAACUCUCUAAUCUGUGAAAUGCUCUUUAACUUAUUUACAACGUUAUUGCUUACUGAUAGUAAAAUGAAAGACCUUUUAGCAUUUGAGGUAUUUUGUCAGUAAAAAUUACAUUUUCAUGGUGUUCAUAUUAAUUUAUGAAAACUACCCAUGUAUUUUGCCAUGACUCACGUGUUUUACCAUGUGCAUUAUUUUAGGAUUGUAAGUUGUGUAGUUUGAAUAUAGUUUUUUUCAACAAAACAGAAACUGUAGUUUCUGUACAUAUGGAAAAUGAAAGUACAGUGGAAUACUCAGAAAGCAGAGAGAAAAAUAAUUAAGAGUCUUAAGCAGUUCUAGGAAGGAUAAAGUUUACCUGGGAUUUGAAACUUUCUGAAUUGCUGAGGAUAUUCCUGCAACCAGAUAUUAACAGCCAGGGUAUGUCUGACUAGUCUAAUUGUUUUCUACAUGAAACAUGUACAGAAUAUUUUGCUUUCCAUAUGAGGCACAAAUUCUCAUUGUCCUGAUUUCUAGUAAAUGUAUAGCAAUUUCUUUGUUAUCUUUCCUACUUGAGUGAUAUGAGACAGCAGAAUGUUCUGUAUUUAGUUAUUUAGUGAUGCUAUUUCUUCAUUGCUUCAGGCCUAUAUCUUAAAAAUGAAUGCCUUAAUCUUGUAUGGGUGCAGAAUUUCUGAAACACCCAAACAAAUUCAAAAUAUUCAUCUCAUUACAGCAUCAAUGUGCUUUCAAAAAUCCAUCUUCCUAAUCUGUGCUUAGGUAACAGGCUAAACUUAUAGUGUUAGAAAAGUAUAUCUAUCUAGGUUUUGCUCACUCUUGGCCUUGUCUGGAUCUUGUUUAAUUUUGAUAUGGAUCUCAUUUAUUAUUUAUUCUUUUUCAAAUCCACCACAGUUUCUUAAUUUUUUAUAGUAGAUGCAGCCUGGAAAAUUCUCUUUGGUAUUUUUUCAUAUGAAGGUAAGCCUAUGUAUAUGCAUGUAAGCAUAAAGAAUAUAGAAUGCCAAGAUACAGCUUAACUGUAGUCAAUACAUGGCUUUAAAAAGAGAAAAUGUUAGGAAGUGGCUCCUAAAGCCAGAAAGAAAAAGAGUUCUGACAAUUAAAAACAGAUAAGAAAUUAAAAUUAGAAGUAAAUUCCAAACUAUUCCUAAUGAGGCUAGUUAACCACUGAAAGUAGGUAGCAAAAGUAACUGUGGUUUCUCCAUUCUCAGUGCUUCUCCAUUCUUCUCUGAUGCUUUCAAAUUAGGAUGGAACAUCUUUGUGGAAAGUUUGUCUAUCCAAUACAACUUACUGGACUCAGUUCUGAUGUUUUAAGUGUACUCUCAUACCCAUUGACUUACAAGCUCAGAUAGUCCCUAUUGACAGAAGAAUCUAGAAGUAUGUAAAAAGACCCAAUAAUUUUUUUUUUUCUUAUCUGUAAUAAAGUUUUUAUCCAAGCUAGAAUAACUCUUGUUGUGAUUUUAAAUUUAAAAAUACACCACAAAUAGUGUGACAUAGAACAUAAUGCAGUAAACUAUUCUCUAAUUAUAGACAUUUGUUUUUCAAAUGAUUAAUAUGUCUGUUGCAUAUUGUGGUAAUUACAAGGUAACAAACUUAUAUGCUGCAGAAUCCAAUACUGUCUUAAGGAUCCUCAAGCUAAGUCUGAGGGCAAUAUUACUUUAGAUUUCAACAUGUGAAAUAUGAGAAUCACAGAAACCAUAGUUCCUCAGCUUAUGUCAACAUUUUUGAGCACGUGGGUGGGAAUUUAACUUGGGUACAAGAAACGUCGUGCAAAAUGUACACAUGAAAUUUCUUUUUUUUUCCCCCACACUUAAGCUUGCACAAUAUCUUAGAGUAAUUCCAGAAAACUGAUGAGCUUCAACAGACAGUAAAUUAUUUUGAGCACUACCUCAUGGAAUUCAGGCUUUUCAUCUGGAGCCUCUUUGUAAAAUGUAAGUGCUGGGGAUAAAAAUGUGUUUGCACCACUUUCCUGGGAGGAGAUUAUCAUGUGGUAUAAUCUUUCUCAUGAGGUAGAACAGUAUUGGCCACCUUGUUUUGUUUCUGACUGCUUAGAAUAAAUUAAAGGCAGACUUUUUUUUUCAUCAGGUAUUUCGGAUUAAUUUCAUUUCACAUUUUAUCACCUCAAUUUAAUUUUCAGCAAUCUAAUAUUGAGGAAUUAUGAAGCCUCUUUAUAGAAUCUAUUACUCUUUCUGCAGUAGGAUCUGCUGUCAAAAGGUAUUGGAGCUCUCAGAGCUUUUGGAGGAUGGAGAAAGAAGCUGUUUGCCAUUGGCCAUCAACUCCUAAAACCAUUGCUAUUAUGGCGUUAUUCUGCAGUUCAAUUCCCCAAAUCAGGAUUGUACUAGGGCCUACUGGGAGACUGGAAAAUAUAGUCCAAGGGAUACAUAUUUUCAGAGGGAAAGGGGAACAUAGCUGUAAAAGAUUAAAGUAGAAGCUAUCAGACUCUUUCAAAAAAGCAGAAACUUUGUAUGAUAGUAGUAUGUAAUCUUUAAUUGAUCCAUGUACAUUUUAGAGAUUUUGCAUUCAUAUACAAAUUUCUUUCUUCUGUGCCUAUAUUUCUGUUUUUGUUGCUCAUAUAAUUUAAUAUGAACAGAAUCACUUUUACUUUUCUAUUGUGCUCUGACCUCUAAAAAAGGAUUCAUUAACAGAGGUGCCAACAGGCAGUUUCAUUUCAGGUUUUCCAGUGUUGCCCUAACAGGAAUCUUCAUGUUUUUCAAGGGCUAGGAAGAAUUUGGCUCCCACACCAUCUGAGUUGUCAGCCUUGUCUGAUCAUAAACCAGUAGUCAUAGCUUAGGGUAAAUGAUGUGCCAGAUUCUAUCACUACUGAUGGCUAUUCUUUUCAAUGCAAUUACAAGUUCCCCGGGGUAAAAUAUAAUCCUGAAGAUAAUGGGGUGUUUUUUUGUUUUUUUGUUUGUUUGUUUGUUUGUUUUCUGUAAUUCCCAUUAAAUUCUAACCUGAUAAACUCGAAGUCCUAAAGAGUAUUGGCAUGGUCUAAGAUUUGUGUACUGUGUUGUCUCUGGCAUACAGCAUCCUUGUUAAGCUCCAGUGGCUUUUAGAAAGAGGAGCUGUGACAUCUCUUCACUGAUUGCAAGUCUUCCUUUAAUCUUUUUUGGAAUCUGAAGCAAUUCUGUGUGUGUGUGUGUGUGUGUGUGUGUGUGUGUGUGUGUGUAUGCACCAUGUGAAUUACUCAUUAAAAGAUCCAAAUGGUAUAUUUGCUCUCACCUGGAGAGAUCAAGCUUGCAGUUCCAAAUUUUUUGCUCUCAUUUGGCAUGCCAUGUACAUACAUUCCAUAGUAAUUGGGCAAAUGCUCAUCCUGAGCAACCAUCCAUAGAUAACACAUUAUAGAAAUUGCAUAACCAUGUAGAGAUCCAAGAAUACAGUGUUGUUUCCUGCUCCUUAAAGCAUCUAGUUAUCAAAUGAACAUAUGUAUUGUAUGAAUGGUACCUACUGCUUAUUUCUUAGUAUGUUGUAAUUUAAGGAAUGUAUUGCCAUUAGCAGCUAAUCACUAUGCAUGGGGUAAAAGCCAUAGUUUUUUUGUAGUUUGUUGGUUGGUUGGUUUUUUACUUCAGUAGAGUAAGCUUUUUGUGAUGUGAGUUUAUUCUAGACUUCAGGGGGAAAUUCACCAAUUCAUAACAAAGCAAAAUAGAGCAAGAUCAUUUUUCCAUACUUCUUUCAAAUCUGACAGGAAGGUGGAGGAAUAGAAGUGAUUAUUAUUAUUUUUUCCUUUCUGCAUGAAAACAGUACUUCUGAUUCCUUUUCAUUUCAAUUAUUCAUUUUGUGUUACAGUCUAGUGUGUUCUAGAAAGACAGUGAAGAAAUUAAAAGGUUCAUGUCUGAAUUUCAUUCCUUAAAGAUUCCCUGUAAUGUUCAAAUUCAAUAGACUGGCCUAAUGAAUUCCUGUCCUUUUCCCCGCUCACAUUUUAUUAAAGUUGUGCAUUUACAAAACUAGCUGUUAAAGCUCCAAGAAAAUCUUACCUUUGGGUGAAGAGAUCACUUAUCUUCCAAACCACAGCAAAGACUUAUUCAGCUUUCCUGAGCAUGAUUUGAAUGUAAUUCACCUAAACAACUCAGUUUCAAAGGGUUAGAUAAUCAGCACAAUGUAUUUAAACAUUUCUUACCUUACUAUUUUACUCUGAGAAAGCCUGCUUCUUUGAGUUGGAGACAGAACUUGUGCAUUUAAUUAUGUAAUCAAGACUUUUGCUCUAUUUGAGACCAAAAGUACAAGUGACGUGAGAAUUCUAUCACAGUGACUGGCAUUAUGUUUUAUAAAUAUUUUCCAUCAUAUUUUCCUCAGAGCACAAGUCAAGUAAGUAAUUAAUGUGCGUGAUCAACAGGUCUAUGUGCUACUGUAGCCUGAACAACAGUUUCAUUUGCAUAUACUUGAAAAAGGAAGAGACUGGAGAGGAUUUUCAGAUGUUAAGUUCAGAAAAGAUUUUGUCAAAUGAAUUGCAUUCUUAUCCUACUGCACCUGCUUUGAAAUUUGCAAAGGAAAAUAAAGCUCAUGGACUAUGUAAGAUGAAAUUUGAUAAGGACUGUUUACAGAGACUGGGGAAAUGUGCUGUUUCUUGUAUAAGUCCUCAGCAAAGUUGUGAAUGUCCAGCUGAUGACCAGCAGUAUGUAUUUUUUGAAAAUACAUACUUAUUGUGAUGACAGUGUAUUUCAGCUAUAUCAGACUUACUAACAAAAGCUGCUCUGUCCAAAAGAACUGCAAGCAAAUCAUAGGUACUGUGAGAGCAGAAUGAGUAAAAUUUUAAUAUCUUACAGGGCAACAGAAAAAGGCCACAUUUAUUUUAAAAACUAAUUUCAGCACAUUGGAAUCAUUCAGUGAGUCUUAGGCUUCUAAAUGUUCCAAUAUUUUUGAAAAGAUUAUUUAAAGUUUCAUGGUUUGAUUUUGAAAAUGCAGCCUGUCAUUUCAUACAGAAUACCACUCAGCUAGUACUCUCUGAAGUACAAAGCUAGAAGCUUAGACAUGUUCAAAUGUUUUAGGAAGAAAAAAUAGGGAAAGAUUAUUUUUGGAGGAAUCAGAGUUGGCAUCUAGAAAGUGUUUUUAGUAGGAUUAUAGUAUGAUUUUCAACUUCUUUUUAGUUAUUUUGAGGUUUUUUUUUUUGUUUUCCUUUCCAAUCAAUUUGAGUUGAAUAGUUGCACUGUUGAACAUUAUUGCUGUUGGUACUCUUCCCUCUCUUCUCUCUAUUUGACUCAAAAACAUCAAAAUACAGGCUUCUUUGGCUCCUUAACAUCUCUUUGAAGAUAUAGCAAAAUGGCAAAUUCUCUAGCAGUGCUAUUAAUAUUCUGUAUGUGCCCAGCAAGUUUCACAGGGAUUAGUCUCUCGUGUCUGCAUGUGAUUUACUUUAAUAAAAUCAUAGUUUUGCCCGUAUGUUACAUACACACUCAGCAUUAAUAUAUUUGCUGUCAUUUGAAUUAAGCUCAACUUUGCACUUUUCAUCCCACAAAAUGUACUGCAAAAAUAACAGAGUAGUAGCAUGGUUUAGUAUUUUAUUUUCAGGAAUUGAAGUCCUUUGAGUAGUUCUCAGCUAAACGUAACAUAAAUAUCCAAGAAUAAGUUAAUAGAUUAAGGUGCUUUUUUCCUUCUUCACUUUGUAAUUGCGUAUGUGUGUGUGUCUGUUUACUAUGUAAAUGAAAGUUUAAUUUUCUCAAAAACAAAACGUGCACAUGAUUAACUUUGUAAAAGUUAUUGUAAUGGAAUGGAGUAUUUAUUUUUAAACUAAGUUCUUGAGGAAACAUUAUCUGUAAAUAAAAGACUAUAUUUUCCUCCUCAGUGUUUUCCUUCAUCCUAUCAAUUGUAUUUAAAAUUUGUAUGUAAAACUUAUUACUGAGGUACUGCAGGUUUCUCUGUUUAAACACCUCUGUCACAAUAAUGUUUUCUUUAUUUACUCUACUGAUCCAGUCAAUAUUGUACAUUGUGUGCACUUGUUUAAAAGAUUCAGAUUAUUUUGGAGAUCUGCAAAGAAUUAAAAUAAGUAAAAUAAGUAAUAAAAUAAUCUUUACAGA